GACCCAUAUAGCCUAUCCUAUCUGGGGGUGUGAUUUUUGACCGGCUCACCCCGCUAACACGACCGGCUCAAACUCGCCGCCGCGUGAACAAUCCCGAUGCAGCGGGUGCGCUCGGCUCCACAGAAACCCGCACUUGACUUUAGACGCACUUGCCGCCAGGAGCGAACAUGUCACGUUUCCUCAGCCGCCUCUCCGCUGCCGUUUCUCGCCGCGCUGCGGCCAGAUCCGCGCCGUUACCGAGGAGGAUCCCGGUGGUUUUCCGUCCCGUGUCCACGUCUCAAGGCCUGCCGUCCCUAACACGCUACAGCGAGACUAAAGACUGGCAGAAGAAACUGACCCCUGAGCAGUUUGUUGUCACCAGAGAGAAGGGGACUGAGGAGCCCUUCAGUGGGAUCUACCUGAACCAUUUUGAAGUGGGGAUGUACCACUGUGUCUGCUGUGAGGCUCCAUUAUUCAGUUCAGAGGCUAAGUAUGACUCUGGGACAGGUUGGCCGGCAUUCAAAGAGGCUCAUGGGACCUGGGAGCGCGAUGAAAGCCUCGCCUCCAUCCUUCGUCGCCCGGACAACAGCCUGGGUAGUACCGGGACAGAGGUCAUUUGUAAAAACUGCGACGCCCACCUCGGCCACGUGUUCGAGGACGGCCCAGACCCGACGGGUCAGCGCUUCUGCAUCAACAGUGUGGCCCUCACGUUUAAACCUAGAGAGAGCAGCAACGCUGACGCGGAUGAGCAGAAGUGAUGGACUUGUUUAAAUCACCGGAAACACCUUUUUUUUUUUUUGGUUCAUGGCAAAUUAGGACCUCCUAAAUGUCUGAACAUUUGCUCCACGGCGUAAGAAAGUUUGGAAGUCGGAAAGAGGCUUCGUAGUGGUCUCCUAAUUGAAAACAAGGGGGACCGACUAUUUUUUAAGCAAAUUUAAGAUCAUUAUCUUGUUGAGAACACUGGACAAACAGUAUGCACUGGACUGUAGGGAGUCCUUCAGCCACUAUAAUGUCUUAUUAAACAAACUAUUAAUCUUUAAAUUUCUUUUUUUUUUGCAGUUUACUAAUGUUUGUUGAGUAUAUAUUGUUGUCUAAAUUAGAAUUCCAUCUGCAACUAUGUGCAAUUUUCUGCCUAACCCAUUUAAAGUCAAUGGCUUUCGAAUGUAAUUUUAUUUUGUCACUGUGUCCGAAAAAUGUCAUAAAUAGGGUCCAAAAAAAGCAUCUAAUUUUUUUCUGCAUUGUGAAACACAUAGUGUUCGUUUGUGAAAUGUUGGAGCCGCGUGAACGUGUCUCGUAAUCUGUCAAUAAAUGCGCAUUUUGUUUGUUCCCUGAA